AGGGAGCUGCUGACGUAGGAGGACAUCCGGGUCUUCUCCCAGUGUCGGAAACCUGCGCUGUCUGUCGUUCGGGGUGGCGAAAGAGCGGAAAAUGCCUAAAAAAAAGACUGGUGCCAGAAAGAAGGCUGAGAACCGUAGGGAACGUGAAAAACAACUAAGAGCAUCAAGAAGCACUGUAGAUCUAGCUAAACACCCAUGUAAUGCUUCAAUGGAAUGUGAUAAGUGUCAGAGGCGGCAGAAGAAUAGAGCAUUUUGUUAUUUUUGUAAUGCUGUACAGAAGUUACCAAUCUGUGCACAGUGUGGAAAGACAAAGUGCAUGAUGAAGUCUUCAGACUGUGUCAUAAAGCAUGCUGGUGUAUAUAGUACUGGCCUUGCAAUGGUGGGUGCAAUAUGUGACUUCUGUGAAGCUUGGGUGUGCCAUGGUAGGAAGUGUCUCAGUACCCAUGCCUGCGCCUGCCCUCUUACUGAUGCUGAGUGUGUUGAAUGUGAACGAGGUGUAUGGGACCAUGGAGGCAGAAUAUUCAGUUGUUCUUUUUGCCAUAACUUUCUCUGUGAAGAUGAUCAAUUUGAGCAUCAAGCCAGUUGCCAAGUUUUGGAGGCAGAAACAUUUAAAUGUGUUUCGUGCAAUCGGCUUGGUCAGCAUUCAUGUCUUCGUUGUAAGGCUUGUUUCUGUGAUGAACACACAAGAAGCAAGGUGUUUAAACAGGAAAAAGGAAAACAACCUCCUUGCCCUAAAUGUGGACAUGAAACGCAGGAGACAAAGGAUCUUAGCAUGUCAACGCGCUCCCUGAAAUUCGGCAGGCAGGCUGGAACUGAAGAGGGCGACGGAGCUUCUGGGUACGAUGCUUAUUGGAAGAACCUUUCAUCUGACAAGUAUAGUGAUGCCAGCUACCAUGAGGAGGAGGAGGAGGAUGAAGCAGAGGAUGAUGAAGAGGAAGAAGAUGAAGGUGGAAAGGAUUCAGAUGCUGAGUCCUCAGAUUUGUUUACUAAUUUGAAUUUAGGAAGGACCUAUGCCAGUGGCUAUGCUCACUUUGAGGAACAGGAAAACUAGCUGAGCUGACUGCCUGGGUGUUGGCGGCCGUUUGUGAGAGUAGCAGGAGAUGUGUCUUGAUGAAUCAUGUGUGGGUAUGUAAAAGUGCCCUUAGCUAGGCCUUGUGCGAAAGAUAAGCCACACUGGGCCAAGGCAUAGGGCAGAGCAGUUUUAAAAGCUUUUAGCAUAAGAAAAUGCAUUUCCAGUGUAAGACUUUAUUGGUCCAGACAAACACAUCAUGGAUUGAAGUACACUUGGUUUCAGUAAUUUAGUAGGUUUUGGCAAUUAGAUACAUACAUGUAGAACAAAGGAAUAGAAUGGUAAUAUAUUUAUUUGAAAUUACCGAUUUUAUUAAAAAGCGUUGCUUAUAGAUUCAUUGUUUGAUUUUGUGAAAUGUAAUGGAUAAAGUGAUUUGCUGUUUUUUUAUGUCUUUCCACAGAGUGAAAGUUGUAUGUUGUUGUAGCCUAAAUUUCAUUAAAUAUUGCUGUUAAAGUCAUUCAUGUUUUUAAUAGUUGACCCAUUCAUUUCUUCGUAAUGAAUGUCCUGAACAGUACUUAUUUUUAAUGCCUAAGUGUAUUGACAAAAGUGACCAACUAGUUGUUUUUCAGGGACACAGUAAAAGAAAUAGUAUUAAUUUCUUUUUUGAAUAAAUUUAGUACUAUUUCA